CCUAAACCUGCAUGAAUGGAAGGAAUGAGAAUGACAAUUCACUUUCUUGAUUUCGAUUGUGUUUGAAUUAUAUAUAUAAUAUUGUUUAUCAAGAAGUUUAAAUUAAAAUAUUAAAUACUUACACGAGUCAACAAUACUUAUGGCGACUACGUUAGAAGACAAAUCAAUUUGGGAAGAUGGAGAAGAGGCACUCAGUGAGGAAGUUCUUCGGAUGCCAACAGAUGAAAUAAUCAGUCGUACCAGGCUUCUAGACAAUGAAAUAAAGAUCAUGAAGAGCGAAGUCAUGAGGAUCUCUCAUGAGUUGCAGGCACAAAACGAAAAAAUUAAAGAGAACACAGAAAAAAUCAAAGUGAACAAAACGUUACCUUACUUGGUUUCUAAUGUAAUAGAACUACUAGACGUAGACCCGCAAGAGGAGGAAGAAGACGGUGCGGUCGUUGACCUCGAUUCUCAGAGAAAGGGCAAAUGUGCAGUAAUAAAGACAUCUACAAGGCAAACAUAUUUUUUGCCUGUUAUUGGUUUAGUAGAUGCUGAGAAGUUGAAGCCAGGAGAUUUAGUAGGAGUAAACAAGGACUCAUACCUGAUUUUGGAGACUUUACCUGCUGAAUAUGAUGCAAGAGUCAAGGCUAUGGAGGUGGAUGAGCGGCCAACAGAGCAGUACUCUGACAUUGGUGGUUUAGAUAAACAAAUUCAGGAAUUAAUUGAAGCUGUAGUCCUGCCCAUGACACACAAAGAGAAAUUUGUCAACUUAGGAAUCCAUCCACCUAAAGGAGUGCUGUUGUAUGGUCCACCAGGCACUGGGAAGACCCUGCUUGCCAGGGCUUGUGCUGCACAAACCAAAUCCACCUUUUUGAAGUUAGCUGGACCACAACUUGUUCAAAUGUUCAUUGGUGAUGGUGCCAAGCUCGUUCGAGAUGCUUUCGCCCUAGCUAAGGAAAAGGCCCCAGCAAUCAUUUUCAUUGAUGAGUUGGAUGCCAUUGGCACCAAGCGUUUUGACUCUGAGAAGGCUGGUGACAGAGAGGUGCAGCGUACCAUGUUGGAGCUGCUGAACCAGCUUGAUGGCUUCAGCUCUACAGCAGAUAUCAAGGUCAUAGCUGCAACCAACAGGGUGGACAUUCUAGACCCAGCGCUGCUUAGAUCAGGACGUUUGGAUAGAAAAAUUGAGUUCCCGCAUCCAAAUGAAGAGGCCAGAGCCCGGAUUAUGCAGAUUCACUCACGGAAGAUGAACGUAAGUCCUGAUGUCAACUUUGAAGAGCUGUCUCGCUCGACCGAUGACUUCAACGGCGCCCAGUGCAAGGCUGUGUGCGUGGAGGCCGGCAUGAUCGCUCUCAGGCGCUCGGCCACCGCCGUCACUCAUGAGGACUUCAUGGACGCCAUACUAGAGGUGCAGGCCAAGAAGAAAGCAAACCUUAGUUACUAUGCUUAGUAUGUUUUUGUAACCUUCUAUUAAUUGUAAGUUACUAUCUAUUAAAACAGUUCUUCAUAAA